GGGCUGAGGACGGUCGGGGGCCCGGAGACCAGCUCGCGGAGAACGUCAGACCGGGAGAAGCCGGGCUCGGCGGGCACCUGUCCAGGCGCCCGGGCUUCCGCGGCCGCGAUGCUGCCAGCAGCGCCGGGCCGGGCGGGCGGGAGUCGGGAAUGGCCCGCAGGCGGCCCAGCGCCCCGAGAAAAUGCAAAAGACAUCAUCAUGAUAUAUGAAGAAGAUGCUGAAGAAUGGGCUCUGUACUUGAGAGAAGUUUUUUCACAUGUUGUGAAAAGGGAAGCAAUCCUGUUAUAUCACUUGGAGAAUUAUUCUCUUCGGGAUUUGGAAUUGCUAAGUUUAAACUCUUACAAGUGUAAACUUUUGAUAUUAUCAAAUUGCCUGCUUCAAAACCUAUCUUCAAAGAAAUGUCAGUUUCUAGAAAACGUACUGCAUUCACCAGAAAGUGUGGUUACUCUGCUGUGUGGGACGAAGAGUUCAGAUCACCUUUACAAAUUAUUAAAUAUCUCUGGAGGCAGAUGGGAGAUCUCAACUGAGCAGGAGCCUGAAGACUACAUCUCUGUAAUCAAGAGUAUCAUACUCAGAGGUUCUGAGGACUACCUUGACGUCAUUAUUCCAACAGACCUAAGAGUGGAACGUUCCGGGCAAAUAAGUGAGAGAAAGGAAAUUGAAGAAUUAUCAGAAGCUUCAAGAAGCACCAUAUCACAGGCGGUGGUGCUUCCCGCUGAGAUUCCAUGUGAGAAUCCUGGUGAAAUAUUUAUUAUUUUGAGAGAUGAAGUAAUUGGUGAUUCUGUAGAGGUUGAAUUUACGUCGAAUAGCAAAUGCAUUAGAACACGGCCAGCCCUCUGGAAUAAGACAGUCUGGUGUAUGAAAGCUUUAGAUUUUCCUGCUGGCUCUGUCAAUGUCAAUGUCUACUGUGAUGGAAUCAUUAAGGCCACAGCAGAGAUUAAAUACUAUUCAACCCCAAAGGCUAUGAAAUGCCUGUUGGGAGCGGCAGGUCCAGAAGAUGGUGUGUACCAGAAUGACAUGGAUGAACUUGAUCAUAUUCUCACAUCAACAUUCAAACAGGAGAUACCAUAUUAUGAGUUCCGAUCACUCCAAACUGAAAUCUACCCUCAAAAAGAAUAUUCUUAUUUGAAAGAACUUCCAACUCUUCUCCACUGUGCAGCAAAGUUUGGCCUAAAGAACUUGGCUAUUCAUUUGCUUCAAUGUUCAGGAGCAACUUGGGCAUCUAAGAUAAAAAAUUUGGAGGGUUCAGAUCCAGCACAUAUUGCUGAAAGGCGCGGUCACAAAGAACUCAAGAAAAUCUUGGAAGACUUUUCAAUCCAAGAAGUCAGCAGAAAUAAUGAGGAAGAAAAUGACUAUGAAGAGGAUAUUACCUCAUUUUCUACAGGUUCUCCUACAGCCAUACAGAACCCAGUUCUCCAUCCUGAAAGCUGGCGGCCGUACAGGCAGAGAGCAGGAGGAGCGGAGGUGAAUGAAAGGGCAGAGGAAGAAAAAGAGCAGGAAUCAGGCACAGAGGCCAAGCACCGCCCACCAGAGGUUGACAGUGGGAGUGAGAACCUGUAUGAUGACUUGUACACGUUCAUUCCUGGAGACAACCCAGAAAAUAAUUCCCGAGGGCCCUUCGUGAGCAGCAGACCACCUCUCCCUCCACCGCGACCUGUAACAGCUGCCUUCCAACUGGAAAAACCUUACUCCACAUUACAAGCAGGGAAAACAUUGGAAGGCCAAAUGCAAAGAAGUCAAAGUUGGUGUGAUUCCAGUGCAAGACAUGAAACAAGAAGUGAACCCAGAGGAGAAGAACAGAGAGAAGAUGAAGAAGAGGAGGAAGAGGAGGAAGACCCGUACACCUUUGCUGAGAUUGAUGACAAUGAAUAUGACACGAUACUGGCCAAGAGGAGUACAAAGAAAAAACUUGGAAGUCGGUCAUUCAUUAUGAACAGACCUCCUGCUCCCACACCCCGACCCACAAGUAUCCCUCCAAAAGAGGAAACUACACCUUUUAUAGCGCAAGUGUUCCAACAAAAGACUGCCAGAAGACAAUCUGAUGGUGAAAAGUUCCAUGGCCCUAAGAAACAAGACAGAUCUCGGAUGGAGAGCCAAGCCUUUUCCACCGGAAGGGAGUGUCUUGCUGCUGGGCAGGAGGAACUCAUCCUCCUGCAAGAGAAAGUCAAGAAUGGGAAACUCUCUGUUGACGAAGCCCUGGAGAAAUUUAAACACUGGCAGAUGGGAAAGACUGGCCUGGAAAUAAUUCAGCAGGAAAAACUACGCCAACUAUGAGAUUGCAUUAUUGGGAAAAGGCCAGAAGAAGAAAAUGUCUACAAUAAGCUCACCAUUGUGCACCAUCCAAAUGGUAAUGAAAAUGCCCACAAUGAAAAUGUGUCAUAUAGCAUACCCUUUGGCAAUAAGCUUCCUGCUCGACUCCAAGUUGAAAAGGAAUUUGGUUUCUGUUGCAGGAAAGAUCACUAAAGAAGGUUAUUAUAAUAAAACUCAAGAAUCUGCAGACACCUUCUGGGUGAAGCAAACUUGCAUUUGGAUUGCCUGCUGUCUUCAGGACGAAUCUAUACUAUGAAAGCAGAAGCAAGCUUUUGAAUUUCAGAAUUUGUUAUUGCCACAAUUUAUUGGUAUUAUACCUGCUUCAGAUGAGUAACUCAACAUUAAAAAUUGAAUGCUGUAGAGAAAUUGCAUUCUUUGAAAAUUCUUGCAUUUUACAAUGCACUUUGCCACUGAAGCAGCUAUUUCCCAUUUUUAAAAUUAAAGAAAAACAAGGGCAGAGAAGUUAAAUGCUCUGUAGCAAAGCUACU